AUGACGUCAGAAAUCCAACCUUUCAAGAUGGCAGUGCCCGAGGAUGAGCUUGCUAAGCUCAAAGCCAAACUGUAUGCCGCGUCCUUACCGCCGGAAACAGCCUUCUCCGACGAUUGGGAACGCGGAAGCUCCCAGGCGGACGUGAGGCGCCUCGUGGCACGCUGGAAGGAAACAUUCGACUGGCGCGCGGCAGAGGCGGAACUCAACAAGAUUCCUCAGUUCGCGACCAGCGUCGACGUCGAUGGGUUUGGCAGCAUCGAGAUGCAUUUUGUUCACCAGCGGAGCCAGGAUGAGAAUGCAAUUCCGCUAUUGUUCUGUCACGGGUGGCCCGGUGGCUUCUGGGAAGUCAGGAAACUGCUCCCAUUACUCACAUCCCAAAAUGUGGGAGAGCCAUCUUUCCAUGUCGUAGCACCAUCUCAUCCCAACUUUGGCUUCUCUGAACAUGUCACCAAGCCUGGCUUUAACGGCAGAAAGUACGCCGAGGCAGCACACAAGCUGAUGCUACGGCUCGGCUACGGCAAGUAUGUCACCCAAGGUGGUGAUUGGGGUUACAGGAUCACUCGGGCCCUGGGCCUACUGUAUCCAGAAAACGUCCUCGCCUCACACAUCAACAUGAUCCUCGCAGACCCCCCUACCCUGCUCCGGCACCCCAUUCUGUACCUUCGUGCACUGCUCACCCCGCACACCGCAUCCGAGAAGGCCAUGCUGGCAAACGUCAAGAAACUCGUGAAAAGGGGCAUGGGCUACAACCUGCAACAGUCAACAAAGCCUGCGACCAUCGGCUUCGCCCUCGCCGACAGCCCUGUCGCGCUGCUGGCGUGGCAGUACGAGAAACUGGUCAGUUGGAGUGACGACGACUACAGCUGGACCGACGACGAGGUCCUCACCUGGGCCUCGCUGUACGUCUUCUCCCGCCCGGGCCCGGCCGCCAGCGUGUGCAUCUACUACGAGGACACGCUGGGGGAGGAUGGAUUCGGCGAGGAGAGCGGGGGCAUCAAGGAGUCCAAGAGGUGGAACGGAGCCGUGCCGCUGGGUCUCUCGUCCUUCCCGCGCGACAUGGGUGUCCUCAUCUCUUCUGGGAGGACCCUGGGACCAGUUGUUUUCGAGAGGGCGCAUGAGAGAGGUGGCCACUUUCCCGCAACCGAGAGGCCCGAGGCACUGGCUGGCGAUCUCAAGGACAUGUUUUCGCUCUCGCUGGGAGGGUUUGGGAAGGCGGUGCAGGAGAAGUUGAAAUCGAAAUGA